UGGCAAUCGAUAGAGGCAACAGAGGCGGUAGAGUGAUGUGCAACGAUAGAUUUUUUCGGAGAAAUAAGAAGUGUAGAAAAGAAGUUGAAGUUCCUUGCUUAUUCCACCUCACUACCGCCGUCUAAGCGCAAGAUUAGUAGUAGGGAAAUAGCCACGUCGGCAGUAGGAGCAUAGAUAGCCAUAGUGGCUUCAUUGAACGCGAAAACGCACCCGGCUGCGACACGGCAGUGGCAGGGAGAGCAGGGAGAACCUACACUACGACUAAGACGGGAGCGACAAGGAGGGUGUCGUGGGUUGGCGCCGUCGUGAAAUUCACCUUGGUUCGCGAGGAAUCUGCACGAGGAUGCAAGUCCCACUAUGCGUAGCGUAGUCCUCCGUUCUCGGUGCAACUAGCAGGACCAGGCGGCCGCAGCUUUUGCUUUCUCCAAAAAGGAAAUAAACUUCGGUCAAGAACCGGACCACCUCCAGCAAAAAAGCAUGAUGGUGGAGGAUUGGAUGCGGGAAUUCGAAGGUUCUGGUCCUGCGGAGAUCCGGAGAGGAUGCCGGCAGGCACUGUUGAGUACCCAAGCGGACCAGCAGCUGGCGUGCGUUCAGUUCUUGACACGCAUGGCAAGCACCAGCGCAUCACGAUACCAGAUUUUUGUGCAAAGCGAUGGCGUCGAGACACAAUCACUACUGCACCUACUCGUGCACCGGCUCGGAGCGACCUCCGCGGAUCUGAGAACACACAUCCUCUCGUGCCUCAACGCAUUCGACAUGCCCGAGUAAAGACAACAUAUUCGUAGAUAAACAUAAAUGUGUUUUGCUUUCGUUCUUUGUGGCACAGUCAAGUUGUUCAGUUUUUAAUUUAUUUGCCUGCGACUCUUCCACUGGUUUCAUCUACUUCAAUGAAGACGUGCUUGUUCUCUACUUGAAAUGUUUGAUUCAGGUAUUUGGUGCCGGCGUUCUUGGCGAGCCUGGAGAACAUGGGGGGCGAGUGGCAGGUGCGGCUGCAGGCAAUAUUGGCCCUGCAGAGUUUGCAGAACUUCAACGCCCAGCAGAAGCAAAUUCUGCAAGCCGCGCUCCGCACAACAUUGGAGAGUGACAGCAGUGACCUGGUGAAACAGGCAGCCAAGCAAACCCUCGCACUUUGGGAGGAGUUCGCUGCGUAUUAUUCAGAGGAGCGGGAGGCCGAAGCGCUCCCAGGAGACGGAUCCUUCGGCAUGCAACAACCACCAGCGAGCGGAGGUCUUUUCCGCACCAGCAGCGACCCGCGAGGAAUUAACCUGAAUGGCUACAACCAUGCGACCCACAGUGCUGCUAGUUUAAACGGCAACUUGCACCAGGUUCACACACAAAACCAGAGUGCGAUGUUGCCGGUUGAUCACCACGAUCUGCAGCGAUUUGGCUCGGCACCGCAUCAGAUGACCUCCAUCAAUCAGAAUAAACUAUCACCAGUUAUGAAUUCGCGAGCAAAUAAUGUUGGUCCCUCUGCGACUACCGGCGGCGGCGGCGCGCUCGGCCAAGCAGCAGGUGUGAAUGCCAGUUUUACCUCGACCCAGCUGGACAGUAGUUUUGAUUUUGAAGGUUCCAACGACUCCUUGCGGAGUGCUUUCGCCGCGUCUGCGGGGAGACAGCAACACACCAACCAACAGCACGAGCUGCAGAAUCUGCAAGGAGCUGGAACAUCGCAGUCUUCCAGUAGUACUUUUAACAGCGGAGCAAAUUCGGCUGGGCUACGACCUUUUCUCAUUCCCGAGGACUUUAUCGAGCGGCUCCGGACUCCCGACACCGCAGCGGUCAUGCAGUUGCUAGAAGACGUCCACCAGCUAAUUCUGGGCGGGUCACCAAUAGGGUAAGAGUACAACACGAUGUUGAAGAUGAUGAGCUUUAUAGAUUAUAGAAUUAAAGUAUCAUAGAUUCGUUAGCGUUACUCCGGGACGUGGUGAAAAAUGUGGACGUUCUAGUACUAGCUGUAGCGUACGUAAAAGUAUAUGAUCUUGUUCGUACCUGCUGCUCUCCCAUGACCUCUUUCAAGAUAGUAACGGUUAAUAUACGGUAUCCAGUUGCUGCACAGGUUGUUAGUGAACUACCCCGGUGCAUCAUCAUGAUGUUGAGCUUCGAUUUUGAUUUUAAGUAUGUUCUACUUUCGCUGAUUGUGGAUCUUCACAUCGAAGUGAUGUGUUGACAAGCGGGACAUCAAGCGACGCUUGGACAACAUGAAGACACGUGAAACUAACGAACCUCAGAUUCGACUGCGUCUCCUGUGCCUGCGUUUCCUUGGCUGACCCGUAUGUGCUGAAGAAAUUUGUGGAUGCAAUUUUGCAGAUUCCGCACUUCAAGGUGACACUGACUACGUUUUACAUCAUAGGCGACUUGGUUGCUCCGGACCUGGCCACUGCGAUGCAAUCACCCGGCAGACGAGAACUGAAGGAAAAUGGACUUAAAAUCGUUCCUCGCAUCAUUCCCAGAAUAUUCGAAAAACUGGGGGACGCCAAAUUUGUGAUCCGCCAGACAGCGAGCAAACUCAUCACAAAGAUACUUGGUGAGAAACUUUAACUUUCUCACGCGAGCUUGUAUUACUUCGCGAGCUUCUAUAUGAUGGCCUCCAGCAUUCUGAUUAUGAUGCGAACAACUUAUGAUAUGUUGAAAAAUUAAAAUUCAAAUUUGCACGACAGGUGCGAUGUUGAGCGGACUUCAAGUGGCUUCGUCACACAGUGCAACGACGUCGACCGCAGAAUUAGAGCAGAUGGCCCACUUGAUAUUCGAGGAGUUCGAGACAUCAACCAGCAACGGCGCAAAGUGCGAGGCGUUGCUGACCAUCUUGACUGGGUUUGUGCUGUCAUACGCCAGUAGCAGAUCCUCUUAUGCAGGUGUUAACAGCAGGAAUGGGAAUCGCGCACCACGGACGGACCACGACCCACACGCAUUCCUCCUUCCUGAGCUAGUCGCGAAUAAGCUGCAGAAGUGGUUUGACAAAACCAAGGAUGAGCGGGUCGGAGUGUUGCUGGGCGAGGGAAUAGCUGUCUGUCUUCGGGAUAUGAAACACAAACUUAUCGCACAAACGCAAAAUCUUCAAUAGAUGAUAGCUACAACCUUGACCUUCGCCGACACGAAGCUAAAGGAAAAAAAACUUGUCGCUCUUGUCAAAUACUACAGAUGAAGAGUUUGGGGAUUUACUUGAUUUUGCGUGUUGUACGGUACUUUUACAGGGGAUACGAGAGUGUCGGAACAAACAGGUUCUGCAAAGUGCCAGAGAAUACAACCACACCAACCCGUUCUGCCUGCACAUUCUCCGGACCCAAGUCGCGAAGGAACGCGACCUGCCACUACCACACCUGAAUGAUCAGGAGGGAACUGUGGAAUAUGCACCAGAAAUUCAAGCUACGUUAGAAGGUACCAAAGGUUUGAUGAUGCGCUACCUUUUAUUUCCUCGCGAUAAAAAAGCCCGUGACCGAGCCAGUGAGAAGUUGUCCGCGUUUGCCAUAAGAGUAAGAAAAGACGAUGUUGAUUCUGAAGCGGUGGUCGCUCCACUGAGUAUUGCUAUGCUUGCUAUUUUGCGUAUAUCAAAGACAACAAGGAGACGGACUAAAAUAUACUUGCUAGAAUAAGAUUAAGAAGGUGCGUCUUGUUGUUUUCAUUAUGAUUUAGCAAUUACUAUACGCAUUCGCAUCACAGGAAGCAGCUCCGCAACGUUUCCGCCCGCAUCUGCGGCGCAGCACAACCACUACAACAUUGGUUACGACAUAUUCGGCACACGAAAAAUGCCAGCCCCGAUUCUGAAAAGUUCCAGGAGCGAGGACGACCGAUUGAGUUGCGUUUCGGGCUCAACGACCAGUCGAGCUCGUAGUCGUGUCACGUUUUCCGAGCCCGGAGACGAACAGUUCACAAAAGGAGGCGCCAAGAGCAGUAACUAACCCCUAAUAGCAUGUCUGUUGCUUCUUGCCGUCGACUUGGCUGUUACUCACAUAUUCGUCUUUCGUAAAAAGCAUGCUCAAAAGAAUGGCGGGCGUGGGAGGGAAAAAAAAAAUCAAUGUGAAUUUUGCGUUGCAUGCCAUCGAUGAUUAUUCACAGGCUCAUCGUCGACUUGUGGCGGUUCUUCUAGCGGUGCGUCCUCUUCUUCGAGCAACUCCUCUAGCGGAAUUAAUCACCUCGGGGUGGAUCCGUGGUCAGCAGGUAAAGAAGUCCUGGAUUACUUUGAUGUGCCGCAGUUCGAAAGAUUUGGAAAAAAAGAGAAUGCCAAUGCCUUUUAAGGCAUCAAAUACAGUGAUGGAGAUGGUAAUAUCAAGAUGAACAAAAACGAAGCCAUGGCAGGGAGAUAUGACGAAAGCACGUUAACUUUUGUUCUGCUGUGACAAUGCCCCGUACUUUGACUUCGUUUUGGAGGCGACCCUUGGCAAACAUGAAAAAUACAGGUGAUCGAACAAAUGCAGGGAUGAAAAUGAACGGGUUUCUGCAGCAUCACACAGGAACGCCAAACCCUUCCAACAAGUACCGGGGAUCCCCUGCGAAGUUGGGUCGCGGAGUAUUUUGAGGAAAAGUCCUCCCUUCCCAUAUUUUUGAAAAGACAUCGCUCUGAAAAUUUGUGACGCAGAUUUGUUGUCACAAAUUAUUUCUUUUUCUGUCUUGCAAGACCAAGACGGCAAACGCCAAGGCAUGACGCGCCGCAUUAUGGAGGCGAGUUAUCACGCUGAUGAGCCUGCAGGGCGGGCGUUUCCUAUGCUUCUAAACAGCUAGACCAUUACGCUCGCAAACAGGCCGAGAAUCUGGCUGCAGUUCCUUAGUUACAUGUAGGCAUAGGGAUCAAAUGACCCAAAUCACAGUUGACCCACCGCCAAGAUCCAAGCAAAUCAGCAUGAAUCCAUGAAAUCGAUCACGAGAGAGAUGACAAAAAUGACCAGCACAGUCAUGACGAAUGUGCCCGGCUUAGCCUGAUUCGUGAACCUUUGAACUUUGUACCCCAAUGAACUCAGUGACGUGGAUACUAGUAGGCGGAUCAACCUAAGUAGGUUAUUUGCAUUCUGAGCGUUCUUACAUUACAUGAAUAGCGGCCGCAUCCAUUUGAUGCGUGCGCAAAUGCUGCAGCAGAAGUUUAGUUUUUGAUAUGGGGAGGGGGGGCGUUUCACUUUGAUACUGAGGCGCAACCCGUACCGGCAUGGGCACUACGACAACCUCAUCUCUGGCCGAAGAAGUACAUAAUUACCUGUCAUCCGACUUCGGGUUCACGGCCGCGAACAACCAGUCUCAUUAUUCCUCCGGAGGCUUCGGCGCCCUUCAUCAUGGUGGAUCAAACGGCGGACCAGCAGGCGCAGUGAGUUCAUCCACUUCGUAUCAGGGUGCUUUGAUACACAACAUGUCGGCUACGAACUUGGGCGGAUCUUCGGGCAUUGUGGGCGGCAGCGGUGCUCCUGGCGGAGGUGGAGUUGUGCCAACUUUAGCCUCGGGUGCCAGUACAACUAGUGGGGCUACUACAUCGAUGUCUCAACAUCCGCCACCGUUUCAUCACAGCACGGGAAACAGCAUGCAGCACCACCACAACGCUGUCGCUGCGUCGCACCUUCAACAUCAUCAUCACCAGCCGCCGUCAAGAACUCUGAGCUUGCCUACUACGUCCUCGGCGACCUCGAUUGCGUCAGCACCUUCCUCCGGGACGACUGCAGUGCCCGUCGAGUAUGAUCACUCUAUCAAGGAUCGACUCAGGCUGCUGAAGGCUCGCGUGCGCACGGACCAUCGUGGCAUGCUCAGAAGUGAGGGCUCCAUGCAGCCGUCAGCCAAAAAUAGCACGAUGAUGGUGGAGCAGAGGUGAGCCUGAGUUGUCAAAUUUUAUUCCCAGUUAGGUCUAAUGGGAGUUCAGAUCGAUAUCGAUUUGCGGACGGGAACGGGAUGAAGUUUUCGCCAAGUGCAAGUUUUUGUCCUGAGUAAGAAAAUUAGGGGUCAGAAGCAAUGGGUACUAACAUUGCAAAACGUGAUGCUCAGUCAUCCUGUAUUGCAUGUGAACUGCAUGAAGAUCUGCUGCGGAAGUCAACAGAAUCCGACAUUUAUUUUUUUUCUCUACAACUUCUCUCAGGUCGGUAAUGUCGGCUGGGGAGCCGAUACCUUGGGGUUUAGGUGUGAUUUCCCUCUCCAAGAUAGAUUCCUGGAAAGACAUUUCGAACAGCAACCUGGCCCGGUCGCGUUCGGAUCAUAUGGGUGCGGGAAACACCUUUGCCGGCAACUUCCGCAAUUCCAGCCACGUGCACACCGUGGUUGUUCCCAGUGGCCGUGGACAAGCGCGUCGGAUUUGA